AUUAGUGAGAGCUGGAACACUGAUAGAGUCACUGCUGAUCGACACAAGGCAGACAAGAGAACAUGGACUACCAGACUGGAUUAUGUUUUGUCACCUUUCUGAUUGUUGCUUUCAGCAUCCCUGUUUCUACACAGUUCUACUCUGUUGACUUGGAUAGUCAUUCAUUUAAUGAUGCUCAGAAUUUAUGUGCUCCUGAUGGAUUUCUGGCUAACAUGCCCAACGAGGAAGAAGCUAACAACAUUCUGAAGGUUAUUGAGGACAAACGAUACACAACCUCUACUUCAUACUGGAUUGGACUGAAAAUAGAGAAGGGAGAGUGUGUUCAACAAAAUCUACCACUUAAGGGUUUCUACUGGACUGUAGAUAACAGCAUUAAAUUUGAUCUUAGUAAAUGGAAAGAAGAACCACAUAAUACUUGUACAACUGCACUUUGUGGACUACUCUCUGUGGAGUAUAGUGGCUCUACAUUAGUGAGCUGGGGAUUAAAUUCAACAACCUGCAACAAGAAGUUUCCCUUUAUUUGCAAACAUAAAGCAUCGAGUAAGAACACAGCAUGUACUUCUAAACCAAAGAUUUUAGAGAAUCAUUACACCACAGAAAAAAACAGUGAUCCAUAUACACUCUGGGUUUCUUGCAGUGGCACAGACACUUUCACGUUGACCUGUUCAAAGAGUACCGGUAAAUGGAAGCUGGUAGGUGGAACAGAGACAGACAUUCAAGAACUUUGUCUUAUAUGUAAAAAUGGAUACAAAAAAGAUAAAGACGGAAAAUGUGUGGAUGUAGAUGAAUGUAAGCAAUUCAAUAAUUGUACAUUCAUUUGCUUUAAUUCAAAUGGCUCAUAUAGCUGUAUGUGUGUUGAUGAAAUGAGCAAUUUUCACAAUGAAGACUCAGAAAUAUGCCAAAAACAAAAGAAAGCAAAAACAUCCAUUUUUACGUCAGCCGCUGAUGACACUAAGAAAGUCAAGGAUGAAACAACUUCCUCUUCCAUGGAGAAGAAUUCUCUGUCUUCAUCUCAAUUAGACGUUUAUAGUACUGUUGAAAGUCAGCUUCAUAUUGAAGAAAGCUCUGGAGACUUUUCAAAUAUUAUCAUCCCUCUAAUUAUAGCUUUGCUGAUUUUUGUGGUGUUGGUCGUGAUUAUUGUGGCCAUUGUGAAAUACUGCCUCAUGAGAAGUGCCAGGAAACGGGCAAAGGAAAGGGCAGCAGCCUUGAAAGAAUCAGUUGCUCUGAAUGGAUCUGACUCUAUGGAAAAAGUGAACGAAUAAUCAGCUAAUCAGCUAAAGUCUUGACUAAUUUAAAUACAGACAUGCAUUUUGUGUCCACAUGGGUUUUCUCUGGGUUUCUCCGGUUUCCAUCUACACACCAAAACAAAAAUAGUAGCUGAAUUGACUAGAUAAAUAGUCCUUUUAAGCUUGAGUGUGUGUGUGUGUGUGUGUGUGUGUGUGUGUGUGUGUGUGUGUGUUCCUGCCUUGCAACUAAUACUCCCAGGAAAGACUCCGGAUCCACUGCCACCCAGACGAGGAUAAAAAGGCCAAAGAAGAAGAUAUAGGAAUGAACAAACAUGGAAUAUUGCAAAAGAGCUCAUUGGUCUGACUGAAAAUAUCUGAUAGGCACUUAAUAUGUAAAUAUUAAAUUCUGUUUAAAUCUUG